UUGUUUCCUGUUUUCGAAAACGACUGAUGAACGAAAAUGAACGACAAUAUUUGUAUCGUAGAUCACUCUCUUGGAAACUGCUGUCCUCAUUUUCAUGAAUAUGCCGAAGAUAUCACGUUUCGUGAUUUAUUUCCAUCGUCAUAUUCUUCUGAAAGGACUUUUCCAGAAGAAGAAAUAUACCUAACAAGUAAUGGAAAAGUGGUGCAUGUUGGUGAUGUCCUUCAUCCCGGUCGUGUGUACCAUGUCAUUCCGAGGCUACUCGGAGGAAAAGGAGGGUUUGGGUCCAUGUUGCGAGCCAUAGGAGCCCAGAUUGAGAAAACAACCAACCACGAAGCCUGUCGUGACUUGAGUGGACGGCGUUUGAGGGAUGUUAAUAACGAGAAACAAUUGAAAGAUUGGCUUGGAAAGAAAGCUGAAAAGGAAAAAGAAGAAGAAGAAAAGAGACAGGAAAGACUGGCUAAGAGGCGAGCCUUACCCAAUCACAAAUUUGAUGACCCUCAGUAUGACCAACAGAAAAAUAGAGUUGCUGAAAAUUUGGAAGAUGCUCUUCAAAAAGGAUUACAAAAGACACACACCUCCUCCAGUGCAUCACACAGUCUCGGAGCAGCCCCAAGCUCAUCCAGUUCAUCUGGGUGUCGGAAAAGGACAACAGACUCACACUCACACAAAUCAGCCAAAGUUAAAAAGACCACAGAAUGGCUUGGUAUUGACAUGGAAGAUCUGAGUGAUAGUGACAAUAAUGAUGAUGUCACAUGUAUAGUGCCGGAGACAGUGUCCCCAGGCUCUGGUUCUGACAACAGUGAUACACAGUGUAAGGACAAAGGUGUUACAAAAUGUGAUGACAAUAAGAACUUGUGUGAAAGUGAUCAUGCUAGUACUGGGAAUGGUACAAGCAAGAAUCCAGAGGAAACAAACAUUGAUAUGACUGAGACCACAAAAGACAAUAAUUCAACUGGUAGCAAGAAUACAGAGGAAACAAACAUUGAUAUGACUGAGACCACAAAAGACAAUGAUUCAACUAGUAGCAAGAAUACAGAGGAAACAAACAUUGAUAUGACUGAGACUACAAAUAACAAUGAUUCCAGUGGUAGCAAGAACGGCCUCUUGACAGCUUUACAAGCAAUACCGCCAAAACAAGCCGAGACAGUGCAACAGGAAAAGGAACCCGAACAGGAUGAACCACUGGAUCUUGACAGUAUUUCAUCUGUUGAGGAGCUGGAAGCUUUCAGCCUUGAGAAAUUGAAAAAGGAGCUGAUGGCCAGAGGGAUGAAAUGUGGUGGGACACUAAAGCAGCGAGCUGAGAGACUGUACAGUGUAAGAGGUCUGACAACUGAUCAAAUCAAACCGUCUCUGUUGGCGAAACGGACAUGAGUGAGCUGAAAAUAACGACUGAACUCACUGAAAAAGAAAAUAAUAAGGUUUGAAGAAUUUGUGCUACCGAUUGGCUGUUUCUGUGCACACGUUAACCUUCUUCAGACCUGAAUGAUAAGGGAGGGGAGGGGUGAACAACUGGUUUGGGAUUCAAGUUCUCCAACUGUUCUGCAGUAGAGGUGGCUGAAAAGUCAGUGAGAUUCAAUAAGUGUUCCGUCUUCAGGAUCACCUCCAUACUGGAUCAGGCAUGUCAGACUCCAGUAUGAGAUACAGUAUGUGUGAUGUCUACAGACCUACUGGAUAAGACCUAACCAGCCAAUAUGCAAGACUCAAUGGUGCGACAAGAGGAAUAAUAACCCAUUGUGUUCAUUAUUGUCAUUAUUGUCACAAAACAUGAAGAAAUGGAUUCUUUUGGUUGACAUGAUAUUAUUUCCAUUAUUCCUAAAUAUGUUUUGUACACUGCAACGGUAAUGAGUACAGGUUGUCGCUAAUUUUUAGCUCACCUGGCCCGAAGGGCCAUGUGAGCUUAUCCCAUGGUGCAGCGUCCGGCGUCCGGCGUCC